UUCCUUCAUCUAUAUAAACGCUAUUCUAGCUUCUUUGUCUUAUAUUGUUUCUUUCGAUGGUGCAAACAGAUACAGAUCGAAGAAUGGGUCUUAAUUUGAAUAUCUCUCAUUACUCUUUAGCAAAACCAUUAUCUCAAUUUCUCAACGAUGUAUCCAAAAUCAAAGACAAUCAUUCGAAACUGUUUGAAAUCGAUGGAUAUGUUGGAAAGUUGGAGGAAGAGAGGAAGAAGAUCGAUGUUUUCAAACGUGAACUCCCUCUAUGCAUGCUCUUGAUGAACGAAGCGAUUGAGAGGUUGAAGCAAGAGGCUUCAUCAGUACAAGGGGUAGAACUGGAAACUGAUAAUAAGAAGAACUGGAUGAGCUCUGCUCAGUUAUGGAUCUCGAACACUAACUCCCAGUUUCAAUCGACAAACGAAGAAGAAGACCGGUGUGUGACUCAUAAUAACGCUAACCAACGAGGGGCAAUUCUGUCAUUUAACGUCCCUCCACCACCACCACCUACAGCUCCUCUGUCUCUUCCAACGUCAGAAAUAUUGACUGACUAUAGCAGCAGAAUUGAGCAGAGUCAUCCAAUUCAGAAGAAAGAUGUGAGAAGGAAAUGGUCUGAGGAUCUUCACCGGAGGUUCGUUGAUGCUCUUCAGAAGAUUGGAGGGUCACAAGUGGCAACACCAAAGCAAAUUAGAGAUAUCAUGAAAGUUGAUGGUUUAACCAAUGAUGAAAUCAAGAGCCAUUUACAGAAAUAUAGAAUGCAUAUCCGAAAGCAUCCUCUGCAUCCAGCAAAGAUUUUGAUUGCCUCUGAUCAGCAUGGCUUGUUAGAUAGGGAAACACAGAACUUGGAUUCGCCACAAGGCCCGCUUGUUGAUAGAGGUUGUUGGUUCAGUAAUAAUGGUGGGCAUAGCUCAGAGGAAGAAGAGAAAUCUGAUGGACGUAGCUGGAGAAGUGGAUCAAGGAGGAAGAGACAAGGGUUGGGAUCUUGAGCUUUGAAGAUCGAAUCAUAAUACUAUGCAAUAGUGAUGAAUGAUAAAGUUACCAACUGUGCUCAAAACUUAAAAGUUGUAGAUGUAAACAUGAGAGGGGACAUAAACAGAGGAUUUUGUGCAAUAUAAUAUAGAUAGAGAGAAAGAGAUCAAAAUCUCAGUUUGUGUUUUUUUUUUCCUAACUUCAUAAGAAAGGGAAAUUAAUAAAUCAGAGAUUUUGAUUU